AUGUUGGGGUCAAACAACCUUGUGACGUUUGAAGGGCUGGCCAACAGUUCAGCUUACCACACCUUCCUGUUAGAUGAGGAGAAAGGGAGACUUGUGGUGGGAGCCAAGGACCACAUCUUCUCCUUUAACCUCCUCAACAUUAGCAAAGACUACGCACAGAUCCCUUGGCCAGCUUCUCCUACCAGAAGAGAUGAAUGCAAGUGGGCAGGAAAAGAUCUUUCAAGGGAGUGCUCAAAUUUCAUCAAGGUGUUGCAGCCAUUCAACCAAACCCAUUUAUAUGUGUGUGGGACAGGAGCCUUCCACCCUGUGUGUUCCUACCUGGAGGUGGGAAGGAAACCAGAGGACAGCUUGUUUAGACUGGAGUCUCACACAGAAAAUGGGCGAGGGAAGAGUCCCUAUGAUCCAAAGCUGCUCACUGCAUCCAUGCUAAUUGAUGGGGAACUGUAUGCUGGAACAUCAGCUGACUUCAUGGGGCGAGACUUCGCCAUCUUCCGCACACUUGGCACGCAUCACCCAAUCAGGACAGAGCAGCAUGAUUCCCGUUGGCUCAAUGAUCCCAGGUUUGUGGGCGUUCAUCUGAUUCCAGAGAGUGACAACCCUGAAGAUGAUAAAAUCUACCUGUUCUUCAGGGAGAAUGCUAUGGAUGGAGAGCAUGCUGGGAAAGCUACACAUGCACGCAUCGGCCAGCUGUGUAAAAAUGACCUGGGUGGUCACAGGAGUCUGGUAAAUAAAUGGACCACAUUCUUGAAGGCCCGACUUAUUUGUUCUGUGCCUGGCAGUAAUGGAAUAGACACACACUUUGAUGAACUACAGGAUGUUUUUCUUAUGAGCACAAAGGAUCCCAAGAGCCCAAUCAUAUAUGCAGUAUUUACCACCUCCAGCAACAUCUUCAAAGGUUCAGCUGUGUGUAUGUACAGCAUGACAGACAUAAGAAGAGUGUUUCUGGGUCCUUACGCUCAUAGAGAUGGACCCAACUAUCAGUGGGUGCCUUUCCAGGGACGUGUUCCUUACCCACGACCUGGCACAUGCCCUAGCAAGACAUUUGGAGGAUUUGAUACAACCAAGGACCUUCCUGAUGAAGUCGUAACCUUUGCCAGAAGCCAUCCAGCCAUGUUCAAUCCUAUCUACCCGAUUAACCAUCAUCCAAUCAUAGUCAAAACAGAUGUAGACUAUCAGUUCACCCAGAUAGUGGUAGAUAAGGUAGAGGCAGAAGAUGGACAGUAUGACGUCAUGUUCAUAGGCACAGACAUGGGGACAAUUCUGAAAGUCGUGACCAUCCCCAGAGGCUCCUGGCAUGACCUGGAGGAAGUCCUACUGGAGGAAAUGACUGUCUUUAGAGAGCCAACAGCCAUUAGAUCAAUGGAACUUUCGACAAAACAGCAACAACUGUACCUGGGCUCAGACAUUGGUGUGUCCCAGAUGCCUUUGCAUCGGUGUGAGGUUUAUGGGAAAGCCUGCGCUGAAUGCUGCCUGGCCAGAGACCCUUACUGUGCAUGGGAUGGCACUGAGUGCUCCAGAUACUUCCCAAUGGCAAAGAGGAGAACAAGGAGACAAGAUAUCAGGAAUGGAGACCCACUCACACAGUGUUCAGAUCUGCAACACCAUGAUGAACUAAGCGGGCAGAAAACUCUUUUGGAUAAAACUGUGUAUGGUGUGGAGAACAGCAGCACUUUCCUUGAGUGCAGCCCUAAGUCACAGAGAGCUCUGACAUAUUGGCAGUAUCAACGCUCCACCGAAGACCGCAAACAAGAGAUCAAAUCAGAGGAACGUUUCAUCCGCACAGACCAGGGUCUGCUGAUUCGCACACUUAACAAGAGGGAUUCUGGGAUCUACCUGUGCCUGGCGGUGGAGCACGGCUUCAUGCAGACACUUCUGAAGGUGACCUUAGAAGUCAUUGACACUGACCGCCUGGAGGAUAUGCUACAUCGUGAUGAAGAGGCAGCUGCCAGUGCCCCUGUCCAGGACCUUUCUUCACCUCGAGAAACUCCCAAUCAAAAGCUGUGGUACAGAGACUUCCUGUCUUUGGUCAACCACCCGACUCUGAACAGCGUGGAUGAGUUCUGUGAGCAAGUUUGGAAGAGGGAGAGAAAGCACAGGAGGCAGAAAGCUCACCUGGUCCACAUGCAUGCUCAAGGACUGGCAGCAAAGUGGAAACACCUGCAAGAGAGGCAGAAGGGGCGCAACCGCAGGACCCAUGAACUGGAGAGGGCCCCCCGCAGUGUCUGAUAUACAGACUUUGACUUUAUUGCCCAAACCUGAAAACCGCACCCAGUUCUCAUUCUGUAACCCUGAUUAACUUACCCAGUUUUUUUCCUUCAUACUGAGUUACAGACGUUUUCCACAGUGACUGGAUAGAAAAUUAAAACGGAAAU